AAAAACGAGUCAUGACGAAACAUAACGUCAGCGAACUUCAGGUCGGAAAGUCGGAGCUCUAGAAAGAGGCCCGUGUUCCCGAUUUGGAAUUCCGGGUGGAUGACUGUUGAAAACGAAAUUUACCAGUCGGGGGUCGUUAUUUUUCGUAGUUCUUAGUUGUUUUGAAUGCACAGAACUCUGAUAUUUCCCAGUUGUUUUGAACGUAGCAUUGCUAGGCUGGCAGUCUUCAGAUGUGACCGUCACAAGGCAAUUCGAAUUGAGCUGAAAGUAUUUGCACAACGGAUUAAGAUGUCGAAUAAAUAACAUGUGGACUCCAAAAGGUCACCACGCCUUCAGGUUUGUGUGUUUGUUAUGUUUGGACCUGAAGGUAUGCACUGCGUGUGCUAUCACAAUUGGAUACUCUCUGGCUAGUUUAUCUAAUAUUACAUCUGUCUAACAACUUGAAAAUCUAGUGACCAGUUAGUGAACAACCAGGUUGCAGCAGGCACUUUUCCAAUAGCUGCCAAAUCUGUUGCGUUAUUGUCGGUAUGUGUCAUCUACAGCUGAGGACAUUGCUUUUUGUAGCGUGGGUGUUGGGCUACAUCGCCUUUCUGCUCGGUACUAGAAAGAUGUGGACAGGGAAGUACGUGCGCAGUCCACUCGCUCGUUCACUUUUCAUGAACAUGAUAAGCGAAAGCGAAGAAUCCGGACAAGAAACCCAAGAGUGGUACAAGUGCUCCCCAGACCUGUUGGGGGAGGUGGUUAGGCCUCUGUUUGUGCAGAGCCAUCUGGACCAGGACACCCAGGCUUUUCUGAGACGCAGCAUAGAAAAGUCUGGCUGGAUGUUCACCCAGUUCUACCACUCCUUCAUUUCCACUGUCCUCAGCCCCCUGGUGUCACGCACAUCCAUCAAUGGGUUCCUAGGUCGUGGCUCUAUGUUUGUGUUCUCUGCAGAUCAGCUCCAGCAGCUGCUUCGCGUCGCCCCCGAGUGGCGAGGGGAGAGACUGCUGGACCUAGGGGCCGGGGAUGGGGGCGUCACUGAGGUGAUGGGAGCCCACUUCAGAGAGGUCUACGCCACUGAGGUUUCUCCUCCCAUGAAGUGGCACCUCCAGAGGAAGAAGUACAGGCUUUUAGGCAUUGAUGAAUGGCAGCAUACUGGGUUCCAGUAUGACCUGAUCAGCUGUCUGAACCUGCUAGACCGCUGUGACGACCCCCUGGAUCUCCUCAGGGGCAUCCACCGCUCGCUGGUGCCCAGCACGGGAAGACUCAUCCUGGCCGCUGUCCUGCCCUUCCAGCCCUGGGUGGAGAUAGGUGGGAAGUGGCAGCGCCCUAGAGAGCACAUCAAAGUGAAGGGGAAGAAAUGGGAGGAGCAAGUCACCAACCUGUCCAAUGAGGUGUUCCGGGAAGUGGGGUUUGAGGUGGAGGCAGUGACUCGGCUGCCGUACCUGUGUGAGGGAGACAUGUACAAAGAUUACUAUGUACUGGAUGAUGCUGUCUUCGUCCUGAAACCUGUGGAGGAGUGAAGUCAGUUACUGUAUCUUGGGGUGCAUCUCAAUUAUCCACAUUUGCAUCCUCAUCUCCUUCCUUCAUCUGCAUUAUCCUAAAACAACCAACCGUCCUUCCAACGAGACUGAACCAUAGAUAAUGGGCUGGUUCCACAGUGCAGGUGACUGCUGACUGACUGAUCUACAAAUGAUUUAGCACCAUACAUAACAACUUGUUUAUUAUUUUUAGAUCGUUAUGUCAGUCACCAUUUGUCCACAAUGCAUCAUGGAUUUGAUGCUCUCAAACAGGGCCAAUGAUAAAGUCCUCUAGAGGCCAAAAGGCUGUAUUAGCAUGGUCAGCGCCAUUUAGGGCUUCCACCAUUUUAAUGUAGUCAACUGGGUGGGACUUCCAACUUAUUUGGCUGAUUCCUAUUGGUGACCCUGAUGGAGUCAUGCUCAACUGUUGCUUUUACCCAUCCUUUGUUUUCAGAUGAGUGCAGAUCGAGGAGAGGAAGCAACUUUAGACUAUUGAGAUGCAUCAGCUGACCUUUCCUAGAGCAUCUGUGUACAGUAGAUACAGUAGAAGGCUUUCUGACUGGCUGCUGGAUUUGUAUUGAAUUAGUGAAGGUUAAGUAAGAUUUUCUUAAUUACAUUGAGAGUAUUUCUCAUUUACAUUACCACUUUCUCUUUAAAGUCAGCUGGGGAAUCCUGGUUUGAAACUCGGGUAGCUCCACUGUUUACCAACUGUCGUGUCAUACUGUGUCAUACCUCUACAGUCUAAGAAACAAAAAAAUUGAUGUUUGCCAUUGAAUAUAAUAACUUGAUUGGAAUAUAAUAACACAACUCUGUAAAUGAUAGGGAGGGAGGAUUUCAUCUUCUGUGCCAACAUAUCACUGGAAAUUGUCUGUUCUUGGUUGACGUAUAGUGAUGUAAAUGUAUUGUCUUAUUCUGGCUUAGUUGGUAAUUUCUCCAACAAUAACAUUGUGAUACUGUACAUAUGAACCGGUUGAUCUAAUUGAUUUAGUCAAGCACAGAUGGAGGGAAUUCCUUCCCACCAGUCUAUUUGUCUUAAGGUUUAAUUAUAAGCACACUGUUUCUAACUGUUGUAUUAUCAACUGGGCAGUAACGUUCUGUUACAAUGACAUCUGGGUUGAUUAUUUAUAGCAAUGUGAGGCCUUGUCAGUGAAUAUCUCCCAUCUAGUUUUAUAGGCAGCAGAACAAGUUUACUUUAAUGUUCCAGUCACUGUAUUUUACGUAAAGUAAUAUCACCUCAACAAUUAAAAUAUUUUUUCUGUGACUUAUG